AUGUUCGUCGGGGCGCGCAGGACCUACUGCCCCUUCCCCGACUGCUCGGAAAUGAUGGUGGCCGACGACGACGAGGAGGAGGACGAUGACGAGGAGGGUGAUGGUGGGAAGCCCGUGACGCAGUCGGAGUGCCAGGUGUGCAGGCGGCUGUUCUGCGCCCAGUGCGCCGUGCCGUGGCACGCGGACGUCGACUGCGCCGCGUACAAGAGAGGGGACAGGAGCAGGGAGGACCUGAUGCUGAUGGAGAUGGCCAGAGAGAAGAAGUGGAGGCGGUGCCCCAAGUGCGACUUCUUCGUGGCCAAACGAGAUGGCUGCCUUCACAUUAUCUGUAGGUGUGACUUUGAGUUCUGCUAUGGAUGUGGCGCUAAGUGGGGCUCUGCUGGGUGUUCUUGUGAUGACCAGGACCAUGAUGAGAGUGAGGAUGAAGAUGAUCUCGUUGACAUGUGA